AUGCCCCAUGAUGCUUUUGAUGAAUUCAUUGCAUCUCCAUCAGAUACCCCUGUGGUGUCGCCAAAGCAAUAUUCUGGAAACGAAAAGCUCAACUUGUCUGGAAGAGUGCUCACUGUUGUGAGUUCGUUGCCAACUAAAAUCUGCAAGAAGACGGACCCUGCUUCGCCAGAGAAUACAUUUUGGGAUGUAGACCUGAUUCGGGGCCAGUCUGCCAUGUAUUCGUCUAUGUUCUUCUUGCAGCAGCAUACAGAUUGGGAGACCCAUUUGAUUGGAUGGACGGGAGAAUUGGUCAACAAAACCAACUUUGAGAGUGACUUGCUGAGCGGGAACAUCCAGGAUGAUCCAUUGUACUUGGAUGAAGAAGAUAAAGCCGACUUGGAGAAGAAGAUGCGUAAAGCCACAAAGAGCGAUCAUGUGCAUCCGGUUUGGUUAUUGAGACGAGACCAAAACCGCUGGAGAAAGUAUGCAGAGAAUGUGAUUUGGCCAUUGUUUCAUUACAUUCAGGUAGACCCCAGUGAUGGAAAGGAGGAGGCACAAGCGUGGCAUGAUUAUGUGAAAUUCAAUGAGGCCUACUUUCAGAAAAUCAAAGCUAUUUACAAGCCUGGGGACAUAAUCUGGAUCCAUGACUAUUACUUGUUGUUGUUACCUCAGUUAUUACGUAUGGAAUAUCCAGAUGCUUUCAUUGGAUUAUAUGUUCAUGCUCCAUUUCCAUCUUCUGAAUAUUUCCGUUGCUUGUCCAAGAGGACACAGUUAUUGGAUGGUAUGAUUGGUGCGGACAAAAUUGCUUUUCAAAGUGAGUCUUUCCAGCGGCACUUUUUGAGUUGCUGUGCCCGUGUCUUAGGGUAUGAAGUAACAAAAUCAUCCGUUUUAGCCUAUGGUUCUACCAUUUCGGUAGAAACAUUGCCAAUUGGUAUUGACACAAAGAAAAUUGAGCAUGAUGCCUUCUCACCAGAGCAUGGAAUUGAACAGAAAGUGGAAGCUCUUCGUGAAUGCUAUCCAGACAAAAAAAUUAUCGUGGGUAGAGACCGUUUAGACAUGGUAAGAGGAGUUGUUCAGAAACUUCAAGCAUUCGAAAUGUUCUUGCAGAUGUUUCCCCACUGGCGUAACAAAGUUGUGUUAAUCCAAGUUUCCUCCCCAGGAUUUUCUCACAGUGCUAAAGUUGAGAAAAAAGUUACUGAAUUGGUCAAUCAAAUCAACUCGAAGUAUGGAAGUUUAAACCAUACACCUGUCCUUCACUAUCAGAUGCGUAUCAACAGAGAUGAGUAUUUGGCACUUCUUCGUGUGGCAGAUUUGGCUCUUAUCACUUCUGUGCGUGAUGGCAUGAACACUACAUCGUUAGAAUUUGUUCUUUGCCAAAAGGAAAAGAAAUCUCCCUUGAUCCUCUCAGAGUUUACAGGAACAGCGUCCGUAUUGCGGGAUGCCAUUCUUGUCAAUCCAUGGGAUUCUGUGGGCAUUGCAAAGACUAUCAACAAUUGUUUCCAUAUGACUGCUUCCAAAAAAGCAGACCUUGAGGACAGAUUAUACAAAUGUGUUUCGUCAAAUACAAUCCAGUCCUGGACAUCGAAGUUUUUAGAGCAUUUGAUCACUCAUGUGGACAAUACUCAUGAGACUCAUUUUACCCCUACUUUGAAUCGGCCAAUGUUGUUAAAACAUUAUCAAAGCCUGAAGCGGCGGUUGUUUUUAUUUGAUUAUGACGGUACAUUGACGCCUAUAGUCAAAGAUCCAGCAGCAGCAAUUCCUUCUUCGCGUUUACUUAAGAUCGUUGACGCCUUGACAGCUGACCCAAAAAAUCAGUUUUGGAUUAUCUCUGGAAGAGACCAAGCAUUUUUGGAAAAGUGGUGGGGUUCGAAGAAUGUUGGUCUCUCUGCAGAGCAUGGUUGCUUUAUGAGAGAUGUUGGCGGAAAAGAAUGGUUCAAUCUUGCUGCUACAUUCGACAUGUCAUGGCAAAAAGUGGUGGAUGAUGUAUUCAAACUGUACACGGAGAAAACGCCUGGCUCCAACAUAGAACGGAAGAAAGUGGCUUUGACAUGGCACUACAGAAGAUCUGACCCGGACUUGGGUCGAUUCCAGGCAGAGAAAUGCGUGGAGGAGCUCAAGAAUGGUGUGGCGAAAGAUUAUGACGUGGAGGUUAUGGCCGGUAAAGCUAAUAUUGAAGUGAGACCCCGUUUCCUUAACAAGGGAGAAAUUGUCAAGCGUCUUGUAUUGAAUCCUCAUGGUGCGAAACAAGAUCCACACAGCGUUAAGUUAAGCACAGAAUCAACGCCAGUAGAGCGCUUGCCUGACUUUAUGUUAUGUUUGGGUGAUGAUUUGACGGACGAAGACAUGUUCCGCUCACUUAAGGACAUUGAAGCAGCUUGGCACUUGAAGGAGGUACCUCAAAAUGAGUUUGGAUCCUAUGGUGUUUAUCCGGUCCUUGUUGGACCAGCUGCCAAAAAAACCAUCGCCACGGCGCAUUUAAACAAUCCAUCACAAGUGAUCGACACUUUGGGGCUUUUGGCAGGACACGUUUCGUUGUUUGAAAGUGCAGGCUCUGUUGAGUUGGAUGACCGGGGACAUGUCACCAAUAGCGAAUCGAGCGAGAAACUGAAGCUUCGGGCAGCAGCAAUGAGAAAGGAAAACAGUGAAAAGAGCACUCACCUGAAAAGCGAUGCCUAA